AUGAUCUCUGGGCGGGGGGCCGCUGGCGCGAGAGGGCGCAUCCGUCCGCCUCGUCGAAUUGCUCGACCCAACGGCGCCGGUGAAGGAGCCGAUUUUGAGUCAUGCUGGAAUAUGCUCAAGGAAGCUCUACGCGAUAUACACAACAAAAGCUGUGGCAGACUGUCCUUCGAAGAACUCUACCGAGCCGCCUACAAGAUUGUCCUCAAGAAGAAGGGCGACGUUCUCUACGAACGCGUCAAAGAAUUUGAAGAGGAUUGGUUCGCCGAGAAUGUUAUCCCAAAGAUUAAGGCGCUGUUCACCAACAGCCUCAUCAACGUGGGAGUUGACAAAGGCGGCGCAACAUCCGUAAACGAACGACGCCAAACCGGCGAAAAGUUCCUCAAGGGACUUCGCGAUACCUGGGAAGACCACAAUAUGUCAAUGAACAUGACGGCCGAUAUCCUCAUGUAUCUGGACCGCGGCUACAUCCAACAGGAGCUGCACAGAGUUCCCAUUUUCUCGACCACAAUUGCACUAUUCCGAGACAACAUUCUACGCUCGUGCCUGAAUAAGAACUCGCAAAGCUUGGUUGUUGAUAUUCUCAUCGCAGUGAUGCUUGAUCAAAUUGAUAUGGAGCGCGAGGGCGACAUUAUCGAUCGAAAUCUCAUCCGCAGCUGCAGCCGCAUGCUCAGCAGCCUGUACGAAGCCGAAGACGAAAACGAAUUGACGAAGCUGUACUUGACAUUGUUCGAACCGCGCUUUCUCGAGAAUAGUCAAGACUUUUACAGCCGCGAGUGCCAAGAGCUACUGCAAGUGGCGGAUGCGUGUCGAUGGUUGCGGCACACACAAAAACGUCUAGAGGAAGAAAAAGACCGGUGUGGGACUACAAUUGAACCCGAAACCGAAACAAAAGUCACAUCCGUUAUCGACCAGCAACUCAUCAUGAAGAAUCUGGAUGAAUUUCUAAACAUGGAAGGCAGUGGUUUGCGAUGGAUGAUCGACAAUGAAAAGUCCGAGGAGCUGUCAAUUUUGUACAAUCUUGUCGUACGAGUUGACAAGAAUAUGACUUCUCUACAGGCAAUCUUGCAAAAACGUGUUAUCGAAUUAGGGCUCGAUAUCGAAAAGGCUCUCCAAAACACCGACUUUUCUGCGCCACCCGAAGGCGAAGAGGGUGUAGUUGAAAAGGGUGAGAAGCCAAAGGCGCUUCCGGCAGCUUCUCAGCAGACCGCGGCAGCCAUCAAAUGGGUUGACGACGUUUUAAAUCUCCGAGACAAAUUCGACACGAUGUGCACCAACUGCUUUGGUUCUGAUUUGCUGAUCCAGACAGCUCUAGGCAAAAGCUUCUCCGAGUUUAUCAAUCUAUUUUCCCGAAGCUCCGAGUACGUGUCACUAUUCAUUGAUGAAAAUAUGAAGAAGGGGAUUCGUGGCAAGUCGGAACUGGAAAUAGACGUGAUCUUGGACAAGGCGAUUAUUCUUAUCCGCUACCUUCAGGACAAAGAUUUGUUCCAGACAUAUUAUCAGCGCCACCUUGCCCGCCGACUGCUCCACAGCAAGUCAGAGAGCCACGAUGUUGAGAACCAACUCAUUCUGAAAAUGAGACAGGAGUUUGGCCAACAGUUUACUUCGAAGCUGGAAGGCAUGUUCCGAGAUCUGGUUACCUCGGCAGAGCUUACUACAGAAUACCGCAACCAUGUUCGUACAUCGGGAGACGGAAGUAGGAAGACCGAGCUGAACAUCAAUGUCUUGACCAUGAAUUACUGGCCACAAGAUGUUAUGGGCCGUACUGCACAGAUCGGAGAGGGCUCUCGCAUCACUUGCAACUACCCGCCAGAAAUCGAAAGGCUGCAAACGAGCUUUGAGCAAUUCUAUCUGUCGUCGAGAAACGGAAGAAAGCUCACCUGGAUUGGGUCAACGGGCAGUGCUGAUGUGCGCUGCACGUUCCCGGCGAUGCCAGGAAAGUCUGGUGCCCUCGCAAAGGAAAGACGUUACGAGAUUAAUGUACCAACCUAUGCUAUGGUUGUCAUGAUGCUUUUCAACGGUCUGCCUGACGAUGAGCAGCUUUCAUUUGAGGAGAUUCAAGCAAAGACUGCAAUCUCGACGGCUGAUUUAAUGCGAACUUUGACAGCGAUUGCUGUGGCGCCCAAGUCGCGAGUCCUCCUCAAAGAUCCGCUCACAAAAUCCAUCAAGUCGUCGGACAAUUUUUCGUUCAAUUCAUCGUUCCAGAGCAAGACUGUUCGAAUCAAGGCGCCCAUCAUCAAUGCCGUUUCCAAGGUCGAAGAUGCGUCUGAGAGAUCUACGACUGAGGAGAAGAACAACGAAACACGAGCACACAUCAUUGAUGCUGCGAUUGUGCGAAUUAUGAAGUCACGAAAGGAGCUGAGCCACACGCAGCUUGUUAACGAAGUCUUGUCGCAGCUAGCAGCUCGGUUCAAGCCAGAAGUGCCGUUCAUCAAGCGCCGCAUAGAGGAUUUGAUCAGCCGGGACUACCUCGAGCGGCCAGAUGAAGAAGAUGCACCGGGAGUGUACCGCUAUGUGGCAUAG